CCGCGUCCCACCUCCUGCUGCCUUCCUGUCCAGGCUCCGCUGGGGCUCCCUGGACGCCUGGGCUCCGCUGACCGGUGGGGAGCACGCCCAACGUUUGGGGCCACGGGGCGGGUCAGAUAGCUGGGACCUCUAGCCCCAGGGGCCCCAGCCCUGCUGGGUUCAUUUAUUCGGCCCGCGUUUGCUGACCCGCCCCCAGUCUGCGUCAGGGCCGGCCCCUCCGCUCCUGGAUCAGCCCGCGGGGAGGCCUCGCGUAGCAGUUCCUGGGGAACAGGAAUGGCCUAUGUGAAUGAAGAAAGGUAUCCAUUGUGAAACUUCCAGAAAAACGAGCUACAUUUAUCAGCAGCUGCGACACGGUCCUUGGCAGACAAGGAUGAGAAAAAUAUCCAACCACGGGAGCCUGCGGGUGGCGAAGGUGGUGUACCCCCUGGGGCUCUGCGUGGGCCUGUUCAUCUACGUCGCCUACAUCAAGUGGCACCGGGCCCCCGCCACCCAGGCCUUCAGCAUUACUGGGGUGGCCCCAGGGGCCCGGUGGAGUCAGCAAGCCCACAGCCCUCCAGGGAUAGCUGCACAUGGACAUAAGGUCUUCUACGGGAUCAUGUUUGAUGCAGGAAGCACUGGCACCCGAGUACACAUCUUCCAGUUCGCCCAGCCCCCCAGAGAAACUCCCACCUUGACCCACGAAACCUUCAAAGCACUGAAGCCAGGUCUUUCUGCCUAUGCUGAUGAUGUUGAAAAGAGCGCUCAGGGAAUCCAGGAACUACUGGAUGUUGCUAAACAGGACAUUCCGUUUGACUUCUGGAAGGCCACCCCUCUGGUCCUCAAGGCCACAGCUGGCUUACGCCUGUUACCUGGAGAAAAGGCCCAUAAGUUACUGCAGAAGGUGAAAGAAGUGUUUAAGGCAUCGCCUUUUCUGGUGGGAGAUGACUGUGUUUCUAUCAUGAACGGCACAGACGAAGGCGUUUCUGCGUGGAUCACCAUCAACUUCCUGACAGGGAGCUUGAAAACUCCGGGAGGGAGCAGCGUGGGCAUGCUGGAUUUGGGCGGAGGAUCCACUCAGAUCGCCUUUCUGCCUCGCGUGGAGGGCACCCUGCAGGCCUCCCCGCCCGGCUACCUGACGGCACUGCGGAUGUUUAACAGGACCUACAAGCUCUAUUCCUACAGCUACCUCGGGCUCGGGCUGAUGUCGGCACGCCUGGCGAUCCUGGGCGGUGUGGAGGGGCAGCCUGCUAAGGAUGGAAAGGAGUUGGUCAGCCCUUGCUUGUCUCCCAGUUUCAAAGGAGAAUGGGAACAUGCAGAAGUCACGUACAGGAUUUCGGGUCAGAAAGCCGCGGCAAACCUGCAUGAGCUGUGUGCCACCAGGGUGUCGGAGGUCCUUCAAAACAGAGUGCACAGGACGGAGGAAGUGAAGCAUGUGGACUUCUACGCUUUCUCCUACUAUUACGACCUUGCAGCCAGUGUGGGGCUCAUAGAUGCAGAGAAGGGAGGCAGCCUGGUGGUGGGGGACUUUGAGAUCGCAGCCAAGUACGUGUGUCGGACCCUGGAGACGCAGCCGCAGAGCAGCCCCUUUGCGUGCAUGGACCUCACCUACGUCACCCUGCUGCUCCAGGAGUUCGGCUUUCCCAGGAGCAAAGUGCUGAAGCUCACUCGGAAAAUCAACAAUGUUGAGACCAGCUGGGCUCUGGGGGCCAUUUUUCACUACAUCGACUCCCUGAACAGACAGAAGAGUCCAGCCUCGUAGUGGCCGAGCCGCCCGUCCCCAUCAACGGUGGUCUGCAUAAACCCUCCUGUCCUGUAUGUGACUUUAUCAGUAUGGGCUUCGGUGGCACUUUCUGCACGCUGGCCCUGGGACUUCCAGAAGGCCUGGUGCUGCCCUGGCAUCGGCCUCUCCCAGUCACAUCUGGCCAAAGGGCUGGGGGCUGUGUCUGGACCUGGGCCCUGCCCAUUACUACCUGUCUGCCUGGGCUCCAGGUGGGCAGGAGCAGGACAGAACCACGGUCACACACUGAGGUGGCAGCGUGGCCCCCCACCUGUCCCAUCCCUGUGCCUCGUCUGUGGGGCUGUUGCUGCUGCUGUGUGUGUCUCUGCGAUGGGACUCUUGUUUUGUCUCCCAGCCUGUCAGAUUCCUUCCCAGGGAGUUCCGCUUCCCAAGAGAGCCUGGGAGACGGUGCAAGCUGUCCUGGCUGCCCUGGGGAAGCUGAAUGACAGCAGGACAGUGGGUCUGGGCGGCACCACUGUGAACUCUGGACUUGAGCGUGCUUGCCCCUUCCUUGGGUGUGAGUGUGAGAGUUCACCCAGAGGCCUGCUCUCCUCAUACCUUGUGUGGUUUUGGGUUAGCCAAUGGAGGGAGACACCUCCUCAUGGAUGGCAGGUGCCUGCUCUUCAGGGAGUCUCCCAGCGCGGGAGGAUGCAGGGCCUGAGCUGCUGUCAACGAUCUGUGGCCGUGCUGCUUGAGUGACAUCCCUGUCAUGUGGGUGCCAAGUGCUUGUGUAGAAACUGUGUUCUGAGCCCCUUUUUUUGGACACUGACUGUGUCCUGUGAAUGUAUUGCUACUGUGAGCCGUUGCCGCCCAGCCAGGGCCGUGUCUUAGACGCAGCUGUGCCAUGGGUCAGCUGAGCUGCAGUCCCAGAACCAAGCUGUCAGUGCGGUGUGGGUGCCGGGGCCCAGCCUUGCUGCGCUCUUCAGUGAAUGUACAGUGCUUAGCACAAGCUGAACCUCAUGUGUUCUAUUCCCAAUAAAAGGUUGACGGGGCUCGCCCUCCUCUGGAAUUCCUCUCGGUGAGCGACAGCAGCACUUGUCCACCUGGCACCUGAGAUCCCUGUUUACUAAAGCUUAGAAAAACUGCCAGAGGGGCUGGCAGAGGGGUUGGCGUACUUCCAGUCUGGUCAACAUCCCUCCUGAGGACACAGCAGUGGAGGGCCCCUGGAGGCCGGGGCUGGUGAGGGUUCUGACUGGUGGCCGUGGCCCUCCCAGCAUCUGUUGAGCACAGAGCUCCUCCCCUGCCAGGCCAGCGACCCACAGCACAGCUAGGUGAGGCCUGGGCACAUCACCUUGGGUGAGCUGUAAGUCCCCACGUCAUUGUGUUCAGCAAAGAUCCGGUUUGGGUCUGGAAGUGUCCCAAAGGCAUCACAUGCUGGGGAAACUGCAGACUAGCCUGUGCCCUGAGUGCCUUUGCCUGAAGCCCCUGACCAACUGCAAUAGGAGGACAGGAUAUGGUCCUAGGGCCUCCCAGGGCUGCAGCGAAUGCUGACGGAGCCACGUAGUAAAGGCUGGUGCAGAGCAGGAAAGGACAAAAGACAAAAAGAGGAACAGUUUCCUCCCUCCAAGAGCCGGGGCCUCAUAGUGCACAGGUGCAGGAAGGAUGGCCGCGGUGCACAGCCCAGUGCAGCCCCAACCCCAGAGGCUGAGGGAGACCCUGGGACAGGAAUGAACCCCUCACAGACCUGGAGCCAGCUAUUUCUGCCUAGCAGUCUCCCCAAAACGUAAACCUUGGGGAAGUGGUCUGGAGGUCAGCGUAUGACACAGGCCGAGAAAGACAGCAGGAGAGCUGGUCCCUCAAUGAGUCAAAAGUCACAUGAGGACUGGGGCUAGGAAGCUUUCUUUUGGUGGGCAUGAGAAGGCCUUUCCUCCCCAUGCGUGCCACCCCCGCCUGGGCUGGGUCCCUGCCAGUGCCUUUCCUUCCGUAAUAUACACCAGUUUAAAUAUUUAAAGAACUCCAGAGGCUGAGAAUCGAAGUUGCAAAAAGGUAAAGCCAAAAUCAAUUUGGUCCUUUUAAAGAAGGCCGGUAACCUCAUGCCUGAAUAAGGCAAACAACUGGAAGCUUCCCAAAAGUGCACCAAGUAAGUCAUGGAAUAUUUCUGGGCCCAGAAAAUUAUGCAAGUCAUUUCUCUCUGAGUGUCUUUUGUGAUAAUGAAGUAGAUUCGUCUGUCAAAAAUAGCAACACAGGCACAUCGUAGCACAUCGUAAAAGAAGCAAACUAGGGUUGCUUGAAAAUUCUGUUCCCUCAGAGGACGUGUGCACUGAUGAGCUUAGACGUGUCACACGCCCCACACGCUGUCCCUGUCCGCGUGCCCCACGCCACUUAGCACCCAUGGCUACCCACUGAGCUGCCUCAGUCCUGCAGCCCCGUGUCUGGAUGGCAGGACCGCAGGGCAGUAAGUUUCAGGGCAUAAGCAGACGUCGCCAUGUUUCCUCAAUCCUACUGGACAAGCACGGGUGCUGGCCUCCCCCAUGCCCUAAAGUUUAAUCUUUACCAUUCUGUCAGGUUGAAAAAAAUGCUAACUAGUAGUUUGAAUGUGCUUGGAUCUAAUUCACGUGGUAUAUUUAAGUUGUAUUUCUGUGAAGUAUCUGCUCAUAUGCCUUGCCAAUUUUCUAUAAGAUUGACAUCAUUUUUUUGUUAAUUGUAGAUCUUUAUUUAUUAAGGAAAUUAGCCCAUUGUGAUA